AAAAAAGAAAGAGAGGAUCGACUCUAACACUCUACGACAACCACAAUAUAAACAUAGGCAAGCAACAACGAGUCGAGAGGUCCCUUUGUUCUCUUAUCUUAUUGGAAAUUUCCACAAUGGCAAGGCUGGCACCCACCACUGUGGGCUAUCAAGGCGGAAAAUCUGGACAAGUCAAUCAGACCGACAGACAGACAGACAUUUGGAUCGAAUGGAUGGACGGAUCAAACCAAAUGGGCAGACACAACGGCGCUUUGAAGGUGUUACAAGUCACCACGAUCUGGACCACCGGAUUGACAAGAGGGGAUGGAAAUGGAAGGAGAAGAGAAAGAAGAUCGGUUAUUAGCUGAUGGAGGCAGGGAAGGGAAGGCGUCGGAUCGGAAUUGCGGGGGAAUGAAGAGUUGAAAAGGGAAUAACCCCAAAAAAAAUUUGCAUUCACCGUGUAGGAUGAAGGAUAGGAGGAGAAAGAGGGAGGACCCAACGAACCCCGAGUUUUUGCGUUUUAUUUUCAAGGG